CUUGCCCACUAUUAUCAGUUGUGGACUACUCUUCAUAAUCUGAAACAAGAAGCAGGUCAAUCUGUGAAUGAUUUUCUUGCCCAGGUCCAACCUAUUUGGAAUCAAAUAUCUCAGGCCAAAAUCAGUGAAGAUCAUCUUCAUCUCAUUCAAGUUCUAAUGGCUCUUCGAUCAGAAUAUGAGGCCGUUCGAGCGUCCCUGCUACAUCGAAAUCCAUUCCCAUCAUUGGAAACUGCUAUUCAAGAGAUUAUUUUUGAAGAGACUCGUCUCAGUUUGGAUAAAACUCCUCAAUUUGAAGCUGCUCUUGCAACUACUCGAUCCUCACAUCAGAAAUCUGGCAAUCAACUUUGUAAGAAUUAUAAUCAAAUUGGUCAUGCUUUUGCAUAUUGUCCUACUAUAAAAUGCAAAUAUUGUCAUGGUUACGGUCAUAUUCUUGAACAUUGUCCCACACGUCCUCCAAGACAAAAAGGAGGGCAGUCUAAAUUCAAGAAUGUCUCAAAGCCUGGAUCUUCCUCUGUCACUGCUGUUGCUGCUACUGAGGGCUCUACUGCCAUCACCAUGAGUGAUCUUGAGGCACUAUUCAAACAGGUUAUCUCUUCUAAUUCUCCUGCUGCCAUGUCUGCCACUCCGGGUACAGGAUCCACAAACGGGACAGAUUCUUGGGGAGGGUCGCAGAGUGGGUCGAUUAUUUGAGCUUACAUCUUUACAUCUUCCUCAGAGAUUUGUGUCUGCAGCUACAAUCCCUAAUUCCUCCAUUCACCAAUGGCAUCUUCGUCUUGGUCAUGCUU